AUGAGUAAAGACGACGAAUAUGAUUAUCUUUUUAAAGUUGUUUUGAUUGGUGAUUCGGGUGUUGGCAAAUCAAAUUUGCUUUCACGAUUCACACGUAAUGAAUUCAAUUUGGAGUCCAAGUCAACUAUCGGCGUCGAGUUUGCGACCAGAAGUAUUCAAGUAGAUAAUAAAACAAUUAAAGCACAGAUCUGGGAUACUGCUGGUCAGGAACGUUAUAGAGCUAUUACAAGCGCAUAUUAUCGUGGAGCCGUUGGCGCUUUACUUGUCUAUGAUAUUGCAAAACAUGUCACAUAUGAAAAUGUCAACCGUUGGUUGAAAGAAUUAAGAGAUCAUGCUGAUAGUAAUAUUGUCAUUAUGCUUGUUGGAAACAAAAGUGAUUUAAGACAUUUGAGGGCAGUCCCGACUGAUGAAGCUAAAGCGUUUGCUGCUGAAAACAAUCUCUCCUUCAUUGAAACUUCUGCAUUGGAUGCUAGUAAUGUAGAACUUGCUUUCCAAAAUAUCCUGACGGAAAUUUACCGUAUUGUUUCCAACAAGGCGCUCGAAAACAAUAGUGGUGACGUUGCCAGGCCAACUGCUGGUGAAACAAUUCAGGUUACUACCUUGCCUGAUGAUUCUAAAAAUCAAGCCGAUAUAUUAGUAAAUAUCGGUAGCAGUAACAUAGACUUUUCGCCUACACCACGAAUUAGAGUUUCCAAUGAUGGAACAAUUUCGCCGUCUAAUCGGCGCUCUUUAUAUCUUGCUAAUAAUCAGUCACCGGCAGAGUUAAAACGAAAAUUACAAGAACAAUUAUCUGAUAGAACUAAUCAAAUUCAGGCUACUGCUGAGUAUGGUCAAGCCUUGGUACAACAAAAGGAAUUGAUUGAACAACGAAUACGCGAACUUGAUGAAGCACAGGCAUUAACUCCAGACACUGCACCAGCUUCACGCUCCAAAGAUCGUAGAAAUAGGAAUCAUAACAGAACAAAUGAUAUUGUGUUUACAGCAUAG